AUGAGAAGAGAAAAUGAAUUCAAAUUUCAAGCUUCAAAUUUUGCGGGAGCCUUGAAUGAAGUCUUGAAGGGAGUUGUGCCCCUCACGGCCGAACAAGAUCCCUCUUUGAAUGGCAUCUUCCAGAACAUGACCAAACGGACGAAUGAAGCUUGGCUCAAGAAACUUCGAUCGAAUAAGAUUGUUGAAGCGAAUAUUUUCAAACACCUGCACUCCGAGUUGAGUCAUUUACCUUUUGUUUAUCCAAGUGGUUGUCAACAAAAUGAAAAAUGCAAGAGUUUCAUUAUGGAUCAACAAACCUUGAUGGGCAAUGAGACUUUUUAUCUGGGUCGCUUGUUGGAUUAUCAGAAAUUGCCAACCGUGAAAGAAUUGCUUCAACUCGAUUCCAAUGUUUCGAGAGGUCUCAAAAAUCUGACUCUUCUCGAAGAGCAAGGCGUUGAUGUAUUCGAAGAGCUCAGUAAUUCAUUCUACGCGGCCCAAGCCAACGCCAAACAGCCACGAGUCAUGACCAAUGUUCAAUUAGGACAUCAGGUGCGGUUUUUGACCUCGUUGAUUUCUCUCUUUCUCAGCAGUGAUGAGGAGAAGGAAAAAUUGACCAAUCUCAUUCAAACUCCAAACCCUGAGAGUCAAACAUUACCCACCCCUCAAUCCAAGAAUAUUUUCAUGGACAUUAAUCGAGUGCCUGUCUCAACAAGUUGUCCCAAUCUUGGCGCGUCUAAGAAAGUCAAUUCAGGUUUGGGUCUCUUGUUUCAACAACUCGAUAUCAACAAUGGUAAGAAUGUAGAGAAUGACUGCAAUCACUCGCCACCUCAAAGCUCUACUUUGGUCUCAUCUCAACUGUUCAAAUCUAGUGAAUCCUAUUUCCAUUCUCAUCCCUUAAUGCUCACUGUAGUUGGAGAGAAUAGUAAGAAUGUUCUCGAAUUUAAAACUCAUUUGCGAAGAAUUAUUUAUCAGUGUGUGAGUGACUUGGUCGCUUCCCAUCAGAGCCGUCUUGCUGCCAAUCAAACAAAUUCCACACAGGAUCAACCUCUUCGAUCCAUUGGUGUCAUGUACGAUCGAUAUCGAAUUUACCUCAUUGAAUUUAUGCUUAGUACAGACUCUGGACAUAGAUGCAUUGUUGUGGAUGGCAUGGGUAUUAAUUAUUCAGGAUCUGGACAAGGAAUGGCUCUAGUAUUCAAUAUUUUGAGUCAAUACUUGAUAAGUCAAUGCAUCAAGAUGGGCAAUGAAGAUCAGUCCGCUCCAACCACAAGUACUACCACCACCUCAACAAUUGAAGAACACAAGCCACUCUCCUAUUUUGAUUUCAAGUAUAUUUUCACUCAACUCAAACUCACAUAUCAUGAAGUUAAGAAGGCCAGCUCAUCCCAUGCCUCAAUGGCCAUGAGUACCACAUGCCUCGACCAAGUGGUCUCUGUACCAUGCAAUGCCUUUUCCAAUGUUAGUGGAGGACUCACUAAUAGCCUCAACAAUAAUAGCCAAAACAAUAGUGGUGGUCGUUCCUCUCGAGCAUCCAGUCUCAAUAGCUCCGUAACCAGUGUGUCACAAGCUCAAAAUAAUGAUAACGUGACGAAUAGUGCAAAUGGUACACGAAAUCUUGAGAGAUCGGCCUCGUUCCAUGACGAGAAUUCAUUAUUGAAUUUGGAAACAGUGACUGAAUCGUCAUGCUCCCUGUUAGCACAACAAGAGAGCAUUCUGCAUGGAGCUUUUAGUCACCACCAUCACUCACUUCUGCUUCCAAAUACGGCGCAGAAUGCCUCUCAUUCUCAAUGUCACUCACCACCAUCUACCAAUGCAAUCAUUUCGAGAACGUCAACGACUUCACCUCUCUCCAUGAGUAAGCCAAUGUUGAAUAAGUCUGCAUUUGGCAUCAAUAGCACUGCUUCACAUUCAACCUCUUCACUGCCAAUUCCUUCAAGCUCUUCUGCAUCAGUCUCUGCCAAAGGAAUGAAAAUUUUCCAAAGAUCGAAAGCCAUUCUAAAUGACGCAACUAAUUUCAAUUAUUUUGACAAAUUUAGAAAUGUAGUGAAAGGACCCAACAAUACUGCAAGCCAGCAACAAUCCUCUCCACAACGUGUUGUAAAUAAUAAUAAUAAUUUGUCAUCCUCCUCUGUUGCUAAUCUUCCAACCUCUCGAGGAAGAAGUAGUACCAUCGUAGGAGGGUUAAAGAAUAAUCCAGCUGUAAAUCUCACCUCCUCUCUAUUUUCUGGAAUCAAUAACAAGUAA